AUGUCGAUUAUACAGGAGAAUGCCUGCUACGUAAACAUACAACUCGACCGCCUCCAACAGCAGAUUCCUCCUUCCGAUAAACUCUUGCAUACGGAUGAUCUUCACGGCUUCCACCUUCGUCGUCUGCAAAAUGUCAUCUCUUCGAUUUCGGUCACCUCAAAGACUCAGCCUCUGCUCCCGGCGACUCGACUAGCCGACUUACUAUCCGACCCAGCCUUCUCGAGCACCCUCUCCAUCGCCUCGGAAGCCGCCCGCACCGAGGAACAUGUGCCCGAUCACCUUUGGCUGAUAGCCGGAAAGGCCGCCGUGCAAACCUCCGGGCUAGUGAUGCAGGCCCUCCUGGAGCAAACAAUUCAAAUCCACGAGGAGAUCCACUAUUGGAAUGAGGUCUUAGGAUCUCUUUGGCAGAGUGGUUUCUAUGCUGCGCAAACUUCUCCAGUGCGGCUAUGGCAUUGGACGAGGGAUAUCUAUACCGCUCCAGGGGCCCGGGACUUCUCGGCCUCUUCUCUUUCGCGAUCAGUUGCAGCCAGGUGGGCUCACUUCUACCAAAUUGCUCGCCAGAGUGUGUCGGCGUAUCCUGCCUUGUCAAGUCUUUCCGACCCGAUUCGAUCGUGCCGGGCAGAAGCGAGGGAAAAAAGAGACCAAUUGCUCGCAAUAAAGGAUGUACACACAAGCAGCCUUGGACUCAUCAUGGAAGAUUGGCAUUCCUUCCCUACAGACUCAGCCACAGUAGCCGAAUUUGGAUCCGACCUGCCCAAGGGUCAAUGGCAGGGGUCCGUCUCACGGACGAUAGCUUUGACGGAAGCCAUAUUGCACCAUGGCAUCUCGCAGUCAACUGCUCCCGAAUUUGAACAAAACGUCAUCGCUGCGAUCGAAAAUAGUACGAUUCGUCUACAAGCACAAGAUCGGGAUUCGUCCGCAACUGAGAAUCCCCUCCAAUUGAUCCAGCGUCUCAUCCACGUCCUCCGCACCGAGCUCCCCAACCACACAGCAUCUGUAUCUACAAAGAUCGAUCGCAACGGACGCCCGCGCGCAAUUAUCCGAUACUGGCUCCCACUAUCCAUCAUACUCUUCUCAGGCAGCGUUUCUCUCAACUUCAUGCUCCACCGCAAGGACGACAUCCUCCAAUGGAUAAUGGACUUUGGCAGCACGGUCAUCGACUUUGCCCAAAAUUGGGUCGUGGCCCCAGUCCACAAACUCAUUGGCACUAUUCGACAUGACGAGAAGAGUGAGAUUGCCAUCAUGAGCAAGAACAGUUUGGUCGCCGAUCGAGAUAGCCUGGAACGUAUGGUCCUUGACUUUGUUCGUGAUCGGCCUGAUUCUUCGCAGAGUGCUAUGACGCCAGAAGACGCCACGCUCAUCACAAAUGCAGUUAAAGAAGGCGAUUUGACUCCGGUGCUAAGAGCUUACGAGCGAGACUUGCGAUCGCCGUUCAAGGGGACCGUUCGCGGAGAUUUGGUCCGUGCCCUUUUGAUACAGAUCCAGAAGACAAAGGUCGACGUUGAAAUUGCUAUAAGUGGCAUUAAUGCCCUCUUGAAAAGUCAGGAGCUUGUUUUUGGCUUUGUUGGACUCACACCCGGGAUCUUGGUUUCAUACUCGAGUCUACGCUGGCUCCUUGGAGCUUUCGGAAAUCGAAAAGGCCUGGCAAAGGGAAAGCGACAGGUUGAACUUAAACGAAGUCUAAGGAAUUCUACGCGGAUCCUCCUGGCUGCUUCGGUAUCCAACGGAGUGAUUUCUUUCAAAGACUCGGGACGACUCAUUUGUGAAGCCGAGGGUCUGCUUCAGAAAGUGAAGCCGAUGCUUGGGGCUAUGCAGUAUCGCGAAUUUCGAGAGGAUAUUCAGGACCUACUGGACGUUCGAAGUGGGGUGGAAAAACAACUUCGAGUGGUGGAGAGGAUGCGAUGGACAUACUGUAGUUAA